UGGCGUCUGUUCACUCUCUGUAGGGCAAGAGUUCAACAGCUUUACUCUAUUAAGAAAAUAACCCUGAACCAUUUCUUAAGAAAGCUCUCAUUUAACAACCGUCUUCAAUAACAGUAUGGAAUGAUUCUACUGGAAAAAAUGUUUUGAAGCCAAAGUUUUUGCCUGGAAUGUUUUACGCACUUUAAUGGGAUAACAAUUCUUCUGGAGAAAAUAAUCUGACAUUUUCAAGGAUGCCGAUAAUGCUGCUUCCCAUAGUUGACUCCUGACAUCUUGUCUUACAAUGAGCGAGGAUGGAUAGCUCAACCAGCCCCACAGCAGAGUCUGCUGUUUCCAAUGGAUUUGUCAACAGUGUGUUCAAUAUUACGCUAGACGAGGAAAGUAAAACAGGGAUCUCAUGGAUUCCAGAUCCCAAUUCCUCAGAGCCCAUCAUUCCCUGUCAGACCCUUAGAAGAGAGAAGCCGGAACCCAACCAGCGGUCCGGAACCACUGUCAUUUGGAGGAUUCUGAACCGCCGCAAGACCCCUUCUGACCUGGACCGGCGACCUCACUCGAUGGUCCUCCCAGGUGAAGCGUCAUUUCUCAAACUGUCCAUCAAAAACAAGGUGAGGUCCUUCAAGAAAUUAAAGUCCCCAUCUGUCUUUAGAGGGAAAGCUGGCAAGCUCUCCAGUGUCAAAUUCAACAGCGACUUGAAAAAUGACAUGGAUGAUAUAUAUAUGUGCAAGGACUCUCCCUCCUCAGAGUACAAGAACGUUUCUAGGAAUAAAGCCAAGAGACAUUCAUUUGCAGGACACACUACAGACUUCUACUGUUCGUUUGAUGACAUAGACCCAGCUGGAACUCCAGAGAGUGAGCACAAGGUGCUCAAGGACACAGCUAGUAACCAAAAUGGGUGCUGUCCUAAGUUAUCCGAAAGAGAAACUUACACAAAGAAAGCUCACUCCAACUCGUCAAACUGCAACAAUUCAUCUGUGAUGGACCAUGAAGAACGAUAUGUGAAGCAAAGUCUCAAGAUACCUCAAAGAAGACGAUGGUCAAAGGGCGGCGAUGUUUUGAAUUACUUGAGAAGAAUUUCCCUCAAAGGAAGGGGAAGUUCGCCUUUGACCGAGAGCAGUUUUGAGUCGAUGAAUACCCUGGACAAAACCAUUGACUCUGACUACGGCUCGGUCAACUUUGAAUUCGUCAAAGAUUUGAACUCUGCACCUGAGCAAACGGGGCUCGAUGGCAAAAGCAGCCAUUUUAGAGGCCUACUCCGAUUUUUCAACAGUGUGGCUGAGACCGCCAUGAGAUGGAGAAACUCAUCUCGCUCAUUCUCCCCCCCUGAAGGACAGAGAUCCCCUCAGGACUCGCAAACAACUCAACUAUCAGGACUCAUCCACAAUACUCCGUUGACAUUGAGGAGUCAGCAUAAAACCGAUAGCUCAGAUAAUGGUAAAUCUACAUUAUCCACUGACUUGGCAUGCAAGGUGGUCUUACCAUCCAAUGCCACAGUGGGUGGCUCUCCUGCUGUGGUGCUGAAGGCCUGGAGAACAUGUCCAGACUCUCCACCAGAUAACAGUUCCCUGUGUAAUGACUCAGAUGGACCUCAAUCGCAGCUCAACUCGAUUCACAUCUCUCUAGUCACCAUUGAGAACCACUCAAGAAGAAGCAGAGAAGAAGCAGAGAAGAGCCCCUGCUCAGAGCCACUGGACCAGAGAGAUUUUGAAACUUUUGAACACUCAGAUCAGAUGAAGCACUUAUCUAGCACAACAGUAGAUGAAAAUCAAGAUAUAUGCAUUGCAAAUAAGAAGAAAAUACCAAAAUGUCCAGAGAACUUAUUUAAGGCCCUCUCUCAUCCUGUCGGCCAGUCACCUGCAGAUCCUCCAUUUAAAGUUCUGAUUCAGCGAUGUCGCUCACUGCCAUUGCCCACCACACUCUUGGCUCUAGAGCCACUGGACCUGACGCAUGUGCUCACUCCACCAGUGAAGUCAAAAAUUCAGUCAGGUGUUCUCGGCAUGAGGAACAGCAGCACAAGAUCCAACCGCCAGAAGCUGUUCAGACCAGGAUCAGGGCCACUGCAUGUCAACAUGUUGAUCAGUGGGGGUUCAGUGGUCAGCGCAGAAGCAGUAUGGGAUCAUGUGACGAUGGCAGAGAGGGAGCUGGCGUUCAAGGCCGGAGACCUCAUCAAAGUCCUCGAUGCCUCCAACAAAGACUGGUGGUGGGGCCAAAUUGAUGAGGAGGAGGGCUGGUUCCCCGCCAGCUUCGUGAGGCUGUGGGUUAACCAGGAAAACGGGGCCACAGAAACAGUGGAGGGUACCAAUGAGGUGCAGAAUGGACACAUUGAUCCAGGCAACGGUUGUCUGCGUAUUGGCCAACCACUUCAGAACCGAGAUCAGAUGAGGGCCAACGUUAUCAAUGAGAUCAUGAGCACUGAACGUCACUACAUCAAACACCUGAAGGACAUAUGUGAGGGAUAUUUGAGGCAGUGCAGAAAGAGGAUUGACAUGUUCAAUGAUGACCAACUAAAAGUGAUCUUUGGGAACAUUGAGGAUAUCUACAGAUUUCAAAUGGGAUUUGUGCGAGACUUGGAGAAACAGUACAACGUUGAGGAACCCCAUCUCAGUGAAAUGGGGCCAUGCUUCCUGGAACAUCAAGAUGGCUUCUGGAUCUACUCGGAGUACUGCAACAACCAUCUGGAUGCCUGCAUGGAGCUUUCUAAGCUGAUGAAGGACGGUCGCUAUCAGCACUUCUUCGAGGCCUGUCGUCUCCUCCAGCAGAUGAUUGACAUCGCCAUAGAUGGUUUCCUGCUAACUCCUGUGCAGAAAAUCUGCAAGUAUCCACUCCAGCUGGCAGAGCUGCUCAAGUAUACAGCACAGGAACAUAGUGAUUACCGUUAUGUUGCAGCAGCACUGGCUGUCAUGCGGAACGUCACCCAACAAAUCAAUGAACGCAAAAGAAGACUGGAGAACAUUGACAAGAUUGCCCAGUGGCAGGCCUCAGUGCUGGAAUGGGAGGGUGAUGAUAUUCUGGACAGAAGUUCAGAGUUGAUCUACACAGGUGAAAUGUCGUGGAUCUACCAGCCAUAUGGCAGGAGUCAGCAGCGAGUCUUCUUCCUAUUUGAUCAUCAGCUGGUUUUGUGCAAAAAGGACCUGAUACGACGGGACAUACUUUACUACAAAGGCCGCAUUGACAUGGACAGGCAUGAUGUGAGAGAUGCUAUUGACGGGCGAGAUGAUGACUUUAACGUCAGUGUGAAAAACGCGUUCAAGCUGCACAACAAAGACACAGAUGAGAUUCACAUCUUUCUCGCCAAGAAACUGGAGGAGAAGAUUCGCUGGCUAAGAGCUUUUCAUGAGGAACGCAAGAUGGUGCAGGAGGAUGAAAAAAUAGGUUUUGAAAUUUCUGAAUAUCAGAAACGACAAGCUGCCAUGACCGUACGUAAAGUGACCAAACAGAAAGGUGUGAGUCAGAUCAGGUGUAUAUUACCCAUCAUUCCCGCCAGACCAAUGACUCAUGGACGCUACAUGCUCUUUGAUGAAACGCCACAGUCCGAUGUUGAAUUCCAGAUCACCAAAUCAGGACAAUCUCCAUUCUGGCAGAACUUUGAUAAGAUAACAGUAUUAAAAAUGGCAAAAAGUAGUUCACUUAGUGUCUGAAUACUCCCAGUACUGGACUUAAAAUGACUAUUUAUUCACUGUAAAAAAAAAAAAAACAUCCCUCCACUUCAGAAAUGAGCUACUGACUGACAAUCAUGAUUCAGAUGUGCUUCUACCUGCCCAUAUUUAUACUGUAUCAUUCGCCGUUACUUUAUCUUGACUUUUAUUUUGCCUUGUGGAAUCUGAAGGCAAUAUUCAGCAGAACUGACCGACAUAAGGUGCUUGAUGGCCUGCUUUGAAAAUGGAUGUCUAUCUCAAGUGUUCUGUAUAGUUCUGGAUGAUCAAAAGCUAUUCACUCCACGGUCUCCCUCGUGUCUACAGGCUGAUCGUGAAGAUCAUUUGCAUGAGGAGAUUCACGUGUCAUUUUAAAAGUGUACCACACACUACACCAAAAAUACAGGACAAGGAAUGUGAGUUAUACACAAUAUUAAUUACCAGUUCUUCGAAACAGGGUCUCACUUUCUCAUUCGCAGAGGUGAUUUCAUCAGUUCGGGGAAAACAAUGUUUGCCAAUAUGAUUAUUCUUAGUCUUAGUUAAGCAUUAGUUAAUAUUCCAGCAUUGUAGACGUGUCACAAAUGUGUAUCAUGCUCUACUCAAUGUUUUAUAUUGCCUGAACUCAUAUGGUGAAUAUACACCGAUCAGCCACAACAUUAAAACCACCUGCCUAA